CACACCGCAAUCUCAGCAGCCGCAGCGGCAGCUGGGAUAGAAACAACUAGAUCGGAAAAGGCGAUGGAUGGCUAAACGGAGGGGAACAAGUUUGGUCCCGCCGACACGGUAAAAGGAAUGUUUUGAACGACGAGAUACGCUUUUCGACCUGUUAUAUAUCAUUUUUAUUGCUGUGUGUAUCGGCGACAUUGGUGACACUUCUAACAAAAGUGUUUGAAAUGGAAAAACAGAAUGCAGAUGUUCUUGAUGUCAGCUGGCACCGAAGGUUUCGCUGUAAGCCCUACGGUCUCUGUCGGCACGGAGGAAUAAAGGCUGAAACUGUGUUUCGCAUCCACGGCCUCCACUGCCUUUUUGGAACACCGCGUCUAGGCGAGCUCGAUACCCCUACAUCAGUGACAGGUGUUGUUUAAGUACAAAGUUCAUCAUGGUGUUUCCUGAAGCGAUGGAUAAUUUUAAACCAGAUUCACUACUCCAUUUGGUAGAAAAUGCCACAACGCUGGCCAGUAUAAACCUGGGAGACUGUUUUGGUGACAGCUAUCAUCCUACAAUGAACGUGUCUGUUCUUACAUAUGAAUUAAUGACUGGGCAGUUGGCAAUUGCCACUUUGAUAUUUACAAUAUUGUGGUUAAUUUCAGUCUUUGGGAAUGCUCUUGUGUGCCUCAUUAUUCACCGCAGCAGGAGGGCUCAAUCCACCACCAACUAUUUUGUUGUGUCAAUGGCUUGUGCAGACUUGCUUCUCAGCUUGACCAGCUCACCUUUUACACUGCUCCAGGUGGCAUCAGGACACUGGGUUCUCAGUGGUGUGAUGUGUAAACUGGCGAGAUAUGUCCAGUAUCUGGCACCUGGUGUGCAGAUUUAUGUUUUGCUUUCUAUCUGUAUGGAUCGUUUCUACACAAUUGUCUAUCCCCUGAGCUUCAAGGUCUCACGGGAAAAAGCCAAGAAAAUGAUCCUUGCAUCAUGGUUGUUUGACAUGGCCUUUGUUUCCCCGAGCCUUUUCUUUUUUGGCUUACAGGGGGACAACCACUGCAACUUCUUUCUGCCCGAAAACUGGAAGGGGAUUUUAUAUGGAGUUAUCCACCUUUUUGUGGGUUUCCUUGUCCCAUCUGUUGUUAUUAUCUUUUUCUAUCAGAAAGUUGUGAAAUACAUUUGGAGGAUAGGCACGGAUGGAAGGACAGUGAGGAGAACGAUGAAUAUCGUCCCAAGGACUAAAGUGAAAACCAUCAAAAUGUUUCUGAUGCUAAAUUCAUUGUUUAUGGUUUUCUGGCUUCCUUUUUAUGUGGCUCAGCUGUGGCAUCCCAAAGAGACUGACUUGAGACAGAGCUCUCUAUUAUUCACAGUUGUCACAUGGAUAUCCUUUAGUUCUGCAGCAUCGAAACCCAUUCUCUACUCCAUUUAUAAUGCUAACUUUCGACGUGGCAUGAAAGAGACCUUCUGCAUGUCAUCUAUGAAAUGCUACCGAAGUAAUGCCUAUGCCAUCACAACCAGUUCAAGGAUGGCCAAAAAAAAUUAUGUUGGGAUCUCGGAAAUUUCAGCUCCUACAAAAACUAUAACUAAAGAUGCCAUUUAUGACACAUUCGACAGAGAAGCAAAAGAAAAAAAACUUGCUUGGCCUAUCAAUUCAAAUCCACCCAAUACAUUUGUAUGAAGCAAAAGUGAAAAAGACUGAAUAAGGACUUUAAAAUCCUAAACGGUUUUGGGGCAUUUCAUUCUGCUAGAGUUGUUCAGAUACAAAUUCAUUUUGCAAAGUAUGAUCUUGAUUGGAUUUUAUUUGUUUAACAGUGGAAUUUUAGAGUACAAGAUGCAGUGAAGUGUACAGUUAUGGUUGUUAAUUUUGUGUACACCAAGCGGAAGAAUGCUGCAUUUUCUAUGAAUUUCAUUAAACCCUGAAAACAUUUUAACUAUAAAAUAUUGUUUAUUAUUAAAUAUCAAGAUAAAUACUUUAUUUAAUGACGUUUACUGGGUGUCUAAACCAUUGUUUCAACAGGGUAGCACACAGUGCAGCAAUUAACAUUUAUUUUAAUACAACACAGCGUAAACAGAGUUAUGUCCUUAUUUCAUGUGUAACAUUUCACUGCUCCAAAUUAUGAUUCAUUUUUCACACCCAUUUAUUCCAACAUCAGAACUCAAGGGGUGAAACCUACCCCAGAAGAACUGGACGCAAGGGAGAAACCGACAGUGUGAUGACCACCAGUCCUCCACAGGACACACACGUGUCCAGUUACUUUAGAGCAGGGGUCCCCAACUCCGGUCCUGGAGAGCCUCAGUGGCUGCAAGUUUUCAUUCUAACCCUCUUCUUA